AUGACACGGCUGCGCAAAAAAGCUUUCAUUGCACUUUUCUUAUUCACCCUCUUCAUCUUCGGGACCAUGAUGGGCCUCAGAACACUGAAACCCAGCGAUGGCUUCUCAGACCUGGCCCCGGGGAUGGGAGAGUUUGUGGGGGAAAGAGGAGGCGACCGGAAACCGCCAGUCUCAAACGACAUGGUAGUUUCCCCUGGUCAGUCCCAUCUAGCCAGCGACACCAAAGUCGUUUUCACAAAAUCCGACCGUGACUACAGUAUAUUCUAUGACGUACAAAUAUUCUAUUACCUGUGGUAUGGCACCCCACAGAUGGACGGUAAAUAUAUUCACUGGGACCAUGUUCUAGUGCCGCACUGGGAUCCUAAGAUCGCUGCCAGCCACGCCAAAGGAAGACACACUCCUCCAGAGGACAUAGCCGCGAGUUUCUUCCCGGAGCUAGGACCAUACAGUUCGAGAGACCCCACUGUGCUGGAGUCACAUAUGUCGCAGAUUGAAGCGGCUGCAGCAGGUAAGGGAUUUUGGCACCACUAACUCCCAAAAUUAAAUAUUAUCAUCAAAAGGUGUCCUGGACAUGAUACUGUACCUCUCAAAUAUUGAAGUAUUAAAGUAGCUUCACUUAAACUCCCACAUUCAUCUGCACCAAUCUUAUGAAGGGGAGGGGGGUAUAGGCCUACCCUUAUGUCAAUAUUUAUACCAAAGACGGUCACUAACUGUUUCCUCCCCAGGGGUACUGGUUCUGUCGUGGUAUCCGCCUGGCAUUGCAGACAACCAUGGUGAGCCAUGUGAAGACCUGGUGCCUGCUGUCAUGGACGCUGCCCACAGACACAGCAUCAAGGUAACUGGUGAGAGAACCGGUAUGUUUUUACACUUUCUGGUGCUUUACUAAAUGAAUAAAUGUCUGGCUGCAGGGUUGGGGUCGACUCCAUUCCAAUUUAGUCAAUUGGAAUUUCAGAUGACUUCCGGAUUGGACUGAAUUGAAAUGGAAUUCGUCCCAACCCUGGCUGGCUGGCUGGCAGUGAUGAUUGGUUGGUAGGUGCUUAAGGGUUUAUGUUGUUCACUCAGAUUGUGUAACAGUCUGUCACAAGAGACUAUGUUAACUCAGACCUUUGUUGUAGUAGUUUAAGUGAGGAUCAGUCAUGGUCUUUGAGCCUAGCUAAAUACAUAGAAAUAUUCAUGUUACCAAAACGGAGAGAGCAGCCACAGUGUAUGUCAUAACUUCACUGUGUUCACUCGAAGACAGAUGCAAUGCAUUUCGUUUUUAGAGGAUGAAGUGUGUGAUUUUGGAAUGUAUUUUCCAUGCAUAAAACAAUCUGUUCAAGCCCACUUUCUUCCUCCAUCUAUGUAUAUUAUUGAUGUAGACAGAGAAAACACAUUUCUUCAACAACCUCACAACUCUUCGGGUGCUUCACAAGGUCCUCUGAAGGCAGACAAAACAUUUUUUCAGGAUUUUUAAACCGAGGGAAGACAGUUUCCAUUUGAAUUGGAAGAGUGUUGUACUGUUUGACUUUCAGUCUAUUGAAGCCAUUAGAGAUGUUCUGUACAUUCAUGCACGCACAAACACACGCGCGCACACAUCGCACAAACAGCAUUGGCCUCAGAGGCAUUACUGGGACUGACCAUGCAACCUGAGGCCUGUGUGCAUGGCACGAGAAGGUCUCUCUUUCACACACACAUACAACACACAACACACACACACAGAGAGAGAGAGCGAAAGGGUCAGACACACAGCAUAAACCCAUAGCAUGCUGAAGGUGCCUUUGACAGAACAGUACAGUGCGAGGCCAGCUACAGCAAGCUUAGUGCAGAGUUAGUUAAAUAAAGCCCAAGGUUCUUCCUUCCAUCCGCUUUCAUAUUUUGAAUAUGGCAGGCUUACAUUCACAGUGUUUGACGUGUGGAAUGAAAUGAAGGAUGAGAAGUAGGUCUGUGUGGGACUUACACAACAGUAACAGUUUGUAUCUCAGUAUGACUAACCUGAGGGCUAACGCUGCUAUGUUCUGUUCCAACCAGUGUUCUAGAAUCACUGCCACACAGGAAAUAUAGGUCAAAUUGUCAAAGAUUCCAGUCACCCAAGUCAUAGACUGUUCUCUCUGCUACCGCACGGCAAGUUGUACCGGAGUGCCAAGUCUAGGUCCAAAAGGCUCCUUAAUAGCUUCUACCCCCAAGCCAUAAGACUGCUGAACAAUUAAUCAAAUGGCCACCGGGACUAUUUACAUUAACCCCCCCCACCCUUUGUUUUUACACUGCUGUUUAUUAUCUAUGCAUAGUCACUUUACCCCUAUCUACAUGUACAAAUGACCUCGACUAACCUGUACCCUCGCACAUUGACUCGGUACCGGUACCCCCUGUAUAUAGCCUCGUUAUUGUUAUUUUAUUGUGUUACUUUUUAUUACAUUUUUUACUUUAGUUGAUUUAGUAAAUAUUUUCUUGACUCUAUUUCUUGAAAUGCAUUGUUGGUUAAGAGCUUGUAAGUAAGCAUUUCACGGUAAGGUCUGCACCUGUAAUUUGAUUUGAUUUGAAGUAGAGGGACAAAGAGAUUUAAUUCCUUGCCUACUUCCUCAGUGUCGCUUCGCCGACCUGUGUCUUUUCCACUUCAUAUGCGCACUCACUUUCUUUACUUGAUCAUCACAUUAAAUCAUCAAUAAGAAUAUACAGAGCUUAAUGUGUAAACAUUAAACUGCCUCAGGCUUAGUUUAUUAUUACCUCUCAUAAUAAAAACGAAAUGAUAAAACAAACAUCUGUGUUAAAUAUUUAGAUGUUUCAAUCACGAUCAACGUCCCCAGUUUGCAGUAAGCGCAGCUACACCUAAGGGCAAAAUGCUAAUAGGAGAAUCUGUUCCCACUACACUGCACGACGUGUGUUGUGAACAAACUGAAAAACAGCUUCUCAACCCCUGCACACACACACACACACACACACACACACACACACACACACACACACACACACACACACACACACACACACACACACACACACACACACACACACAGGGUUUAUUCAGCUGAGGAAAGGGACUUAUUGAACAGCACAUCAGCUCACCUUGCCGCUCGGCCUCUCUGAUUUCAAAACCAGCCAGGACACAAACUGAUAGCCCAGCGAGCGAGUGAGCUCGGUCGCUGCCAUGUCAAACACAGUGUUACCAUGGAAACUGUUUAUGACGACCUUGCAGCCUCUUAAAAAAAAAAAAAACAGCCAGAGAGAGGGAGUGGGUGUUCUUUCCUUUCUAUCUAUCCCGCCUCGCUCCGUCAUUCAUGGCUCGACGGUUCUAUCAACAGUUGACGGUGAGCUGAAGUAGACCUUUUGCUAUACAGAAGCUGAGGUAAACAUCCUAGUCGUCAGGCAGUUUAAGACUGGUCCCAGAUCUGUUUGUGUUGUUUCGACAAUGACAGUAGGUGUUGGCUAUACAGCACAAAGAGAUCUGGGAUCAGGCUAGUCUAAUCCUGGGCUGAGAGAGGGCAGCUGCCACAGUCCUGUUCAUGUCAUUUGGAUCAUACACAGUAAUCUGUGUCACAGCAACCACAGUCAUCUGAAUGCUGAGACUCCCUGUUGAUCCUUCAAGGUGUGGUGUGUGGAAUGUGGAUCAGAUCCAGGUCUCCCUUGAAAAAUAGUUUUUAAACCGCAAGGGAUUUCAUCCUUGUUUGAUGUAUAGACCUUAUAUGUAUGCCAUAUGCUGUAUCUCCAAGUACGGCCCUGGUAUGUCUCCCGAGUGGCGCAGUGGUCUAAGGCACUGCAUCGCAGUGCUAGCUGUGCCAUUAGAGAUCCUGGUUCGAAUCCAGGCUCUGUCAUAGCCGGCCGUGACCGGAAGACCCAUGGGGCGGCGCACAAUUGGCCCAGCGUUGUUCAGGGUAUGGGAGGGAAUGGCCGGCAGGGAUGUAGCUCAGUUGGUAGAGUAUGGCGUUUGCAACGCCAGGGUUGUGGGUUCGAUUCCCAUGGGGGGCCAGUAUGGAGAGAAAAAAAGAAAAAAAAAUCUUUGCACUAACUGUAAGUCGCUCUGGAUAAGAGCGUCUGCUAAAAUGUAUGGUUAAUUGAAGGGUUGGCAGGUAUUAUCUCUCAGUUGCAGCAAAGACACAGAGUCAAAGACAGAAAAAGGCCUUAGGUAAUACUUUAAAGUAGAGAGUAUUAUUGCCUUAAAGUAGAGAGCAGUAUCGUGAUUAUUAUCUCCAGCAGAUGAAGUUCACUGCAGGGCCACUGGAAGGAAUAUAACUCCAAAUCACAUUAUCAGUUUGGAUAAUGGAUAUGACAGCUGGGAGCUAGGAGUCUCUGCUUCAGUGGUCUGUUCUUCCUCAUCCUCUUCCUCCCUGCAGUUUCUUUUUAAAUUUUCAAGAAACUAAAACUCAGUCCACAUCCUGCUCCUCUCUCUAAAGUUAGCUCCUGUCCUGUGUCAUUCUAUUGCCUUCUAUUUUUACACUCGGGACAAGCUCUCUCUCUCUCUCUACCUUUACACUCGGCACAAGCUCUCUCUCUCUCUCUCUCUCUCUCUCUCUCUCUCUCUCUCUCUCUCUCGCUCUCUCUCUCGCUCACACACACACACACACACACACCCACCCACAUCAGUGCACACACAAGCACACACAGCAUUCUGUUUGAUUGCUGAUGUUACCUGGACCAAUCCCUAUGGGGCCCCAGAGUCAGAGAAGGAGGAUUUAUUUAUAGAUCCCAGCCUUCUGAUUGGCUGAUCCCAGCCCGGAGGCCUCUGACACACUAGUCUGACAGGAUCAAUAUCAUCCAUUCGCUUGGUCCCCAAAAGAACUGGCAUUCUGAAUGGACACUGGGAUCCAUUAAAUUUGAGUAACAACAUAUUGAUUCUCUGAGCCUACUAUUUAACGAUGGAUAUGCCAGUUGGAGGAUACAUGGCGAAACACAUUGGUUUUAACAAUAAUGAAGCAUUUCUGAAAUGCACUUCCAUUGUCCUCUAAGAGUUGCUGAAUAUUUCCCUCUGUUCAUGUACCUUAGUAUUAUUUUACUAUGCCAGUGCAUUGAACAGUCAAACUCACAGAUGGUGCUCACCACUCACCACACCUUACCAAUUGAAUUCUGAAGGCAUUGCCAUACUGCUUUUUAAUACAACAAUGAAAUGGCAAUGUGCUGAUAUACUAAUGAAUGUGAACAUUGCUUUUCAUUACUUCUUCAUUUACAGAACCGUGUUUACAUUCAAGUUGUAUAAUAAUGCUUCAAAGACCUUGAAAAUGUGUAUUGCAGACAGUGUUGUCCUCGUUAUUAAGGGUUUAUAAUGAUCCGUAUCCCUACUCUGUUCACACAGACAGUGUUGUCCUCGUUAUUAAGGGUUUAUAAUGAUCCGUAUCCCUACUCUGUUCACACAGACAGUGUUGUCCUCGUUAUUAAGGGUUUAUAAUGAUCCGUAUCCCUACUCUGUUCACACAGACAGUGUUGUCCUCUUUAUUAAGGGUUUAAUGACGUCUUCCCUACAUUGCACACAGAAUGUACUGUAAAGUUAUAAUGUAUCCGUAAUCCCUACUCUGCUUCACACAGACAGUGUUGUCCUCGUUAUUAAGGUUGUAUUCCGUCCUCUCUGUCACACAGACAUGUGUCUGUUAUUAAGGUUAUAUGAUCCGUAUCCCUACUCUGUUCACACAGACAGUGUUGUCCUCGUUAUUAAGGGUUUAUAAUGAUCCGUAUCCCUACUCUGUUCACACAGACAGUGUUGUCCUCGUUAUUAAGGUUUUAUAAUGAUCCGUAUCCCUACUCUGUUCACACAAGUGUUGUCCUCUUAUUAAGGGUUUAUAAUGAUCCGUAUCCCUACUCUGUUCACACAGACAGUGUUGUCCUCGUUAUUAAGGGUUUUAGUCCGUAUCCUACUAAACAUGCUGGUUCAAAUGUAACAGGUUGUCCUCUAUUAGGGUUAAUGAUCCGUAUCCCUACUCUGUUCACACAGACAGUGUUGUCCUCUUUAUUAAGGGUUUGCGUCUGCUAAAUGACUAAAAUGUAAAUGUAAAUGUUAUAAUGAUCCGUAUCCCUACUCUGUUCACACAGACAGUGUUGUCCUCGUUAUUAAGGGUUUAUAAUGAUCCGUAUCCCUACUCUGUUCACACAGACAGUGUUGUCCUCGUUAUUAAGGGUUUAUAAUGAUCCGUAUCCCUACUCUGUUCACACAGACAGUGUUGUCCUCGUUAUUAAGGGUUUAUAAUGAUCCGUAUCCCUACUCUGUUCACACAGACAGUGUUGUCCUCUUUAUUAAGGGUUUGCGUCUGCUAAAUGACUAAAAUGUAAAUGUAAAUGUUAUAAUGAUCCGUAUCCCUACUCUGUUCACACAGACAGUGUUGUCCUCGUUAUUAAGGGUUUAUAAUGUCCGUAUCCCUACUCUGUUCACACAGACAGUGUUGUCCUCGUUAUUAAGGGUUUAUAAUGAUCCGUAUCCCUACUCUGUUCACACAGACAGUGUUGUCCUCGUUAUUAAGGGUUUAUAAUGAUCCGUAUCCCUACUCUGUUCACACAACAGUGUUGUCCUCGUUAUUAAGGGUUAUAAUGUCCGUAUCCCUACUCUGUACAACAGUGUUGUCCACUAAUGGUUAUAAUGAUCCGUAUCCCUACUCUGUUCACACAGACAGUGUUGCUCCUCGUUAUUAACGUUUUAUAUAUCCGUAUCCUACUCUGUUCACACAGACAGUGUUGUCCUCGUUAUUAAGGGUUUAUAAUAUCCGUAUCCCUACUCUGUUCACACAGACGUGUUGUCCUCUUAUUAAGGGUUUAUAAUGAUCCGUAUCCCUACUCUGUUCCACUACAACAUGUUGUCCUCGUUAUUAAGGUUUAUAAUGAUCCGUAUCCCUACUCUGUUCACACAGUUGUUGCACUCUUUAUUAAGGGUUUAAUGAUCCGUAUCCCUACUCGUUCACACGCAUGUUGUCCUCGUUAUUAGGUUUAUAAUGAUCGUAUCCCUACUCUGUUCACACAGACAUGUUGCUCCUCGUUAUUAGGGCUUUAUAAUGAUCCUAUCCCUCUCUCUUCACUCCAGUAUCAUUUUGUCCUCGUUAUUAAGCGGUUUAUAAUAUCCGUAUCCCUCUCUGUCACACAUGGCGUUCCACAUCCAGCCUCAGGUCGACUGACUCAGCAUGCAUGAUACAUCAAUACUAUUGCAUGUUACCUCCACUGUCCUAUCAUCACUUCUCCUCUCCUCUCCUCUCUCAUUUUCUCCUCCAAUCUACUAAUUCAAUAGUUGUCAUAAACCACUCUCCCAUCCUUUCUCUGCCUCUCUCUCUUCAUCCUCUCUCUCUCUUCUCUCCUUUCUUUUCUAUCUUGUCUCUCUCUCCCUCUUUCUCUCUCUCUCUCCUCUCUCUCUCUCUCUCUCUCUCUCUCUCUCACUCUCUAGAUAAUUGACAAGUAGAUUGGCCUUCGACUGUUCUGUACAUCCACGUCCUCUAGCCAGCCACUCCACUUCCUUUCUCCACUUCCCUCUUUCUAUCUCCACUCUCACUUCCCCCUCUCUGUCUCUCGCUCUCCCCACUCCUCUCUUGCUUUCUCUCUCUCUGCCUCUCUCACUCCUCUCUCAAACUCUCACUCAUACAGAUGAUGAUUUUCGUAUCACUUACUUAGGUCAGAGCUCUGCUUUUCAUAUCAAUGUCCAGUGACGUUGGUCUAGGGAUCUGGAGAAAUCUGAGCCCUCUUCAGGUCUGAAGGAGGUAGAGAGAAUGAAACCACAAGUAGCCUUUGUCCUGAUUGUAUUACUUUCACUUUCAUUAUUAGAGUACUCAUCUGAGGGCUUGAGAAAAUUGAUAGUGCCACUAAAAGAUUUGUACCUGUGUAAAAAUGUAUGAAAAAGUUUGGCUGUGGAACAGACCAGCACUAGCCUUCAGGUCCCAGAUCUGUUUGUGCCGUCUUGCCAACUCCUAUGGUCAUUGUCAUGCCAUAUAGGAGGAGAGGACAAAUGUAGAGGGCAGAAGACGAAUAUGUGAUGGUUUAUCUAAUGAGGCAUGAUAGUGAUCCAUCUAAACAUUGUCCCAACCUUGAGACACCCUCUGUGGUUGGGCGGUAGGGUUAGAUGUUUCUGGCAACUUCUGCACAACCAACUGUGCUAGCAAUCUGCCUGAAAAGAAACCACAGAGAGAAUGAGAAGGGGGGGGGGUACAUUUAUAAAAUCUGAUCUCUCCAAACUUGCUCUUGAAAAUAAUAGCACCAUUCACAUAAUAGCAUUUUCUGUGGACAUCUGACACUUCACCCAAUCGAGAACGCUUGUAUUGGCAGAACCUGCUGCUUUGUAACAAGUGUAAAAAUAAAAACAAAAUAAACGUUUACAUAAUAAUCUAUGACUGGAUUGGCUACCUAUGAAGUCAUGAUGUUUUUCUUCUUGCAUGUUCACUUCUCUAUAAAAAUAUGCGUAAUUUGUAUGUAUACUGUAACUCAGAUUCUAGCUGCAUAUGUAAACAUGAACUAAACUAAAGAAAAUCUUUACCUCAUAGGUACGGGAACCACGGCGCCUUCUACCGCUUCAGGUCGACCACGGGGCGGAUCCUUCCUCUGUUCUACGUCUACGACUCCUACCUGACCCCGCCUGAGGCCUGGGCCGAACUGCUCCACCCCGCCGGCGCCCACACCCUCCGCGGCACACCCUACGACGGUGUCUUCCUCGCCCUGGUCGUAGAAGAACGCCACAAACACGAGAUCCUGGCCGGUGCCUUCGACGGCAUGUAUACGUACUUCGCCUCCAACGGCUUCUCCUUCGGCUCCUCUCACCAGAACUGGAAGGCGGUUAAGGCCUUCUGUGACGGUAACAACCUGCUGUUUGUGCCCAGCGCCGGGCCGGGAUACGUCGACACCGCAGUGAGGCCAUGGAACAACCACAACACGAGGAACAGGGUCAACGGACGCUAUUAUGAGACCAGCCUGCAGGCGGCAUUGUCGGUGCGGCCGGAGAUUGUGACCAUCACGUCAUUCAACGAGUGGCACGAGGGGACACAGAUCGAGAAGGCGGUGCCUAGGAAGACGGUGUCGCGGCUGUAUUUCGACUACCAGCCCCACCGGUCAGAUCUGUACCUGGAACUCACCAGGAAGUGGGCCGAACACUUUAACAAGGAGAAAGACAAGUGGCUCAUGUAG